UUCCGAUGGUGAUGACCACGAUCGUUCGCCGAUUGGGCCGCUCGGCAGUGCGCCGCAGCCAGCGCGCAUCCUUCGCCUUGCAGCGUGUCGCCACGCCCGUGCUCGUGUCCGCACAGCAACCACGUUUCUUUUCAGCCAAGAGCGGCGACGACUCGCACUCAGACUUUCAGCCUCAGUACCACGCGGCAAAGUCCACGGAGAAGGAUGAGAUCAUUAAGAUGAUCGAGAGCCACGUCAAGACGUACCCGGUUAUGUUGUACAUGAAAGGCACGCCUUCAGCCCCGCAGUGCGGCUUCAGCAUGCAGGUAGUGCGCAUUCUGCACGCCCAGGGCGUGAGCUUCGACAGCGUCAACGUGCUGGACCACCCGGAGAUCCGCGAAGGUGUCAAGGAGUACUCGCAAUGGCCAACGAUCCCUCAGCUAUACGUGAACGGCGAGUUCGUGGGUGGCUGCGACAUUAUCACGGACAUGAACAAGUCCGGCGAGCUGUCCGAGUUGUUGGAGGAGUUCAAGGAGAACUAAACACAACCAAGUAGACUUGAUAAGGAUUGUGGGGGCUUGGGUGGAUGAACUGACAUGACCGACGUUAGCUCUGGGGCGAGGACUGGCUCAUCGACGAAUAUACGGGUCUAUAUCGGCUUACGAAUGGCAAUUUUACCGUACGCGUCCAUUUACUCGGCGUCAAUUGA